AUGUCGGUAGAAGAUUGCCGGGCUGAGCUUGAUGAAGAUAAACACGAAGUAUUGAAAAGAUAUCGCACCGGUGUUGAAACGUCGCUCGCAAAAGCCGAUCUAUUGAACUCAUCGGACAUGACCAUCCUGCAAGCCUUUGUCAUAUACAUCGCCUGCAGCAGACGUUAUGAUAAAGGGCCAGAUACCAGGAAGUUUCUUGGGGAUGCCAUUGGAAUUGCCCUCAAGAUCGGCCUGCAUCGCGAUGCAUCCGCUUCAGGACUACCGCCUUUCCAAGUUGAAAUGCGACGUCGGCUCCGGUGGCAGAUCUAUGUUCUUGAUAUCACCAUCGCAGAGGACUGUGGCACAGCCCCGCGUGUUCUGGAGUCAUGGUUUGAAACCAGACUCCCUUCGAAUGUGAACGAUGCAAGUCUUGAUCCUGAGAUGAAGGAUCCGCCUCGAACCUGCAACGGGAAAACAGAGAUGAUAUUAAGCCUCGCAAUGUCUGAGAUCAGUAAUUUUGCCCGUCGCACUAUCUUCUCUGACCAGUUUUGCGAAGAGAACUGCUACCCGGUUUUAUCGGCUUCGCAGAAAUCUACAGCGAUAGAUCUCUUCAAAGAGAAAAUUGAACAGCAAUAUUUGUCGCAUCUAGAUCAAAGUAUCGCGCUAGACUAUUUUACAACCCUCUCCUGCAAUCUGAUACUCGCAAAGCUCAAACUGACAGUGAUGAAACCCCGAGCAAGGCAAGACCAGUCUAUCCUCACGCACUUGAGCUUCCGAAAAGUUUGCACAGAGAUUCUGCAGAAAACUGUGGCUUUGAAACACUAUGAAAAGGGCAGACAGUGGCUCUGGAUUUUCCAAAACCACAUUGAGUGGGAUGCCUUGACAUGUUUGCUCAUCAAUCUUUCUCUGGUCCCGAAAGGGGAGGCGUUGGAUUCGGCAUGGCAAGCGAUCAAUGAGACAUACGAAUACUUGAAGAUCGACUGUGAUGCUCAACGUGAUUACCGCUGGGAGAAUGUUGAGGAACUACGCAGGAAGGCUUUAUUUUCUAGAGACAUGGUACAGAUCAAUCCAGCCCAAUGGGGGACGUCACCGGAUGAUGACAGCGGCUUUGAAGAAUCACAUACCAUGGCUACAGAAUCACCACGGCAGCUUGGCCUGGGAACAUUAAAGCGUCAGAGAGAAGAGGAUAUUGAUUCUUUCUGUUCUUCUCCAGGCAAGCUGGAACCCAGAGCCGUCCCGAGCUGCCAUUCCGAGGCGUCGACCGUGCAGCCAGAAGCCCAAGAACAUCUCCCCCGUAUGUGGGCGUUGGCGAAUGCUGCUGCCGCUGCUCCGACAAAUAUCGACAGUUCAUCUUACAUUGAACCAGCUAGUGAAGCUACAGACAUACCAAGCUCAGGCACUGGCUGUCAGUGGAGUGCGACUCUCUUUGAGCGCUAUUUUCAGGUCCUGGGCUCUGAGCAAACGCCAUAG